CAGGCGUCCCUCUCAUUUUAUAUUUAACGUAUUACCUUAUAGUUAACUGGUAGUCCAAUUCCUGCCAGGUUUAACUUGAACAUCCAAGAUGUUUGUGUUCACAGGUUUAUUAUCUGUGGUUUAGUUUGUCCAACAAGAGAUGGCAACACAACCCCUGGUGGAGUGGGAAACUGGUCUCUUGGACUGCUUUGAGGAAGCCAGUACCUGUUGCUAUGGUUUCUGGUGCUGUCCUUGCCUUGCCUGCACCGUCUCAGGGAGAUUUGGAGAGAACACUUGUCUCCCAUUAUGUGACAUCUGCAGUCCCGCCAUAUUUGCAGCAUUUGCGAUUCCUGUGUUUGCGCCUCCUGCAGGUCUGUCAAUGAGGGUUGCAAUGCGAAACAGAUAUGGUAUCAAGGGUUCUCUCUGUAAGGACAUCGCAGUUGCUUGUUGCUGUGGAUGUUGCUCCUGGUGUCAAAUGCAUCGAGAGCUAAAACAUCGUAAAAUAAAUCCCACUGUUGUCAAUGUGCAGAAUACAACCGUUUUUGCCACACAGCCUGCUCCAGUGAUGAUGAUGCAGCCCCAAGGUUUUGUGACCCAGCAAGGUGCUUUCAUUACUUCUAGAUGAUCUUUAGGGCGUGCCAUGUGUCAGUUUGUGUUCUUAGACCAAAGACAAAAUCAAAAAUCCUCGUCUUGUGUGCGGUGGGCGUGUCACUCAUUUAGA